UGCUUCAACUCACUAGAAUGGAAGCGAGCUGUAAACUGUCUAGGACGGUGUUUGUCUACCGAUAGUCAACUCGCAGCUGUCAGUUAGUCGAUGUAACUUUGGCCAUGACGAAUUUGGUUAUUGCCCACGAUGUAAGCUAUUGCAACAGUCUAAAAAAAACAAUAUGAAUUGAAUAAGAACCCAGAACCAGCGGUAAUAAUUCAUGCAAAAGUCUAAAUAUGGAUAUAUGUUCCUGUGAUUAUGAGAACAAUUGUCAUGCUCAGAAACGUCACAUGGGAUGGGAUAAGAACGAAUAAGUGUUGGUGGCCAUGCCGGUGGAGAGAAUGCGCAUGAGGCCGUGGCUGGAGGAGCAGAUAAACUCGGACAAAAUACCGGGACUGAAAUGGGUCAACAGAGAGAAGAGAAUAUUCCAGAUUCCCUGGAUGCACGCGGCACGCCACGGCUGGGACGUGGAGAAGGACGCGCCCCUGUUCCGGAACUGGGCGAUUCACACAGGAAAGCACCAGCCGGGCGUGGACAAGCCCGACCCGAAAACCUGGAAGGCCAAUUUCCGCUGCGCGAUGAACUCCCUGCCCGACAUCGAGGAGGUGAAGGACAAGAGCAUCAAGAAGGGGACCAACGCCUUCAGGGUCUACAGGAUGCUGCUGCCGUCCGAGAGGCCCACUAAGAGAGGCAAGAAGAGGGGUGAAAGGGAAGAUAAAAUAAAGGUGGGGCCCAGGUCUCCCUCGCGGAGGAGUGAUAAGAAGGUGGCGAAAGCGGAGAGCUCGGUGGACAGCACGGUGCUGACGGGCACCCAUCGCCUAGCAACCCGCGGCUCCGCCGUGGACCACCUGAUCGUCGGGGGCGACCUGCCGGACGUGUGCCAGACCAUCGAGGUGACGACGGAGAGCGAGGACCAGUCCGUCAGCUCCAGCCACGCCUACCCGCUCCAGAUCUCCCCCAUCUCCUCCUGCGACAGUGACACAGAUAGCGUUCACAGCGAGAAGGACAGUAAGGAGGGCCUUCAUGAGCUGUGGAAUCUGUGCCCGGCAGAUGGGAAGGACUCUGUGCUGAAGCUGCCCGGCAUGGCCACCUUCGUCACGGCGGGGAAGACCAACUUCAGGGUGACCAACAGCCGGGAGGAGAGCCCGCUCAUCGCCUACAACACCACGCCGUGGGACAUCCCGUCCGUCCUUCCCCCCGCCCUUCCCGCCGUCCUUCCCGGCGCUUCCAGCCACACCCCCUCCCCCGAAACCCGCGCCAGCGUCAUCAUGAAGACCUCUGACAUCUCCAAGUCUGGCGUCAAAACGUGCUGAUACAGGGCCAGGAUUUUUUUUUCUCCAAAGACUUACUUCUCUGGGACCAGGCCUCUAGGUAGGUGUGGCUGAACUACACAUACCUGCUUGGGGUGGAACACACCUGGCCUAGCCUGGGUCUGAGGAGAGGUGCCAUCCUCUGGAAAUGGCAGCAAGACAAGUGAUCCCACUCGCCACUGCUGCCCCCUAGUGGAUGGGAGGCAUUAGCCUUGUGGAUGGUAACUAGUUCUUAGCAAACUGUGGCACAUCUCAGUCUCACUUGUAGGGUGGAGAAAAACCAUUCUACUGUCCUUGGUGUGAGUGUGUAAAUAGUGGGUCAUCUGCAUAAUUUCUAGAAUCUUCCUCACCUUACUGAAAGUAUCUAUUCUGUAUGUGGUUAUCUGUGGCACGUCUGGAUCCUUUGGUUAUGGUUUAAGUAAUUUCUGAGGAUAUGUAUGGUUGACCAUCAUAUGGGGCAACAUCUUUUUACCACACCUCUGUCCAAAGUCAUGACAUUGGAGAGAGUGAUACAAUGCACUCACUGUACCAUGUGUAGAGACACUGGGCCUCAUUCACGAAACAUGCGUACGAUCACAUUUGAUUCUAAACUGCAUGUAAGAACAUUUCCAGGAAUAUGUCGGCAUUCAUAAUUCUUUUCUUCUUUGUGUUUGUUCCUGGCUGUUUCCUCAUGCUAAUCACAUGAACAGGAUUGCACAUAACAUUUACGAACAGUCAGCAUUCAUCAUCUCAUAUACACCUGGGAUGUGCACAAAAACGAAGGUCUGAAUUGGUUUUUUCGUAGUUACAUUUUUAAGAGCAAAAGUAAGAGUAAUUUAAGAAAAGUUUUGUGAAUGAGGCCCAUUGGCUUGAAACAUUUUCUUAAAUGUAUUUUCAUAUAAAGGGAAUAUUUUAUCCAAGGUUUGCUUUUUUACUGAGAAUAAGGAAUUUAGUGAUUUCUGUGACACUGUUGAAUUCACAUGACACAUGUUUAUGAUUUUAAUCAUGUGUUGUAAAUGUUUUGAGGCCUCCGAUAGCACUGUAUGUAUGAAUAUGUACAUGAACAUGUAUGUGCUUGUGUACAGUAUGUGCUUAUAUGUGUUUGUGUAUGAUUAUAUGUUCAUAUAUAAUGCAGACACAUAUUAAUAAAUGUAUUAUGUUUCCAUGCACAUACAUAAGCAGCUAUUAAUCCUGUGGAUCAUUAAAUAUACAAAUCUUAAUUAAGAUUUUUAUUCUAAUUUGCGUCUUGUUUCUGUAAAAUUGUACACAGAAAUAAAUUUGAGACAUUUGUUUUGAA